AUCAAUGUCAUAUCAUGUAUUUAUAAUGCUCCCAAGGACUCAAAUAAAUGUCUGUCAGAUAUCGGAACACUGCAAUUGCUGACACACGGGGUAAUAAUUAUAAUUUUUUUAAUAUUGAUGAAUGUUGAAAAAGGGCACCUUUUUAUUCCAGGGCAAAAGGGCAGGUGCUUGAGUACCACUUGGGGUCUAUGUGUGUACGUGCCUGAUGCCUUGACUCAAUAUAGUUAAAAAAACAAAAAACAAAACAAAACAAUGCACUAGGCCAUGGAGUCAUUGCUUAAAAACCAUGAGGGUAAUGCUUAUUUUUGACAGACUCCUUUCGAAGACCUCCUGCGCGCGUGCGUCCAUAUCUGUGCGUGCGCGCACGUAAGGCUCGUGAACGCGGACGGAGACCCGCGCUAGGCUCACUCAGCAGCAGCAGGACGCACGGAGAGAAGACGGGGGAGUUGACGCCUCGCGUUUCGAAGCUCCAUGGCACGGCAAAUGCGGCUCGUUAACAAGUGUACGCAAUUCGUUUAAAGGGAACUUAAAACACCCACCGUAACACACAAACAGAGAGAGAGAGAGAGAGAGAAAUAGACGAAGCAACAGUUUCCUCAUUCCCGUGCGCUCGGAGGAAGAUUUAAAAAAGAAAGGAAAAAAAAAUGAAGAGCAAAAACCGUGAAAGCUUGACCGACUCCCGGGAGCUGGACGGCUCGUACGACCCGCUGACGGGCAAUCCUUCCAACAGCCAAAGCAAAAAAAGCAUAAAGCAGCGAUUCCUCAAGCUGCUGCCAUGCUGCACGCCCUCGGCCGCCCCCUCAAUCAGUCAAAGCAAUGUAGAAGAUGACUUUGAGCUCUCCACCGUGUGCCAUCGGCCAGAAAGCAUGGACAAGCUGCAGGAGCAGACAAAGUUCACCAAGAAGGAGCUGCAGGUUCUCUACCGGGGCUUCAAGAAUGAGUGUCCGAGCGGUGUGGUGAAUGAGGAGAACUUUCAGAAUAUCUACUCCCAGUUCUUUCCUCAGGGAGAUUCAAGUACGUACGCACACUUCCUGUUUGAAGCCUUUGACACUGACAAGAACGGCUCAGUUAGUUUUGAGGACUUUGUAUUUGGCCUGUCUAUCAUCCUGAGAGGGACAAUUAACGACCGCUUAAACUGGGCGUUUAACCUCUACGACCUUAACAAGGAUGGCUGCAUCACCAAAGACGAGAUGCUGGACAUCAUGAAGUCCAUCUACGACAUGAUGGGGAAGUACACGUAUCCCACGAUGCAGGAUGAUGCCCCCAGAGAGCAUGUAGAAAGCUUCUUCCAGAAAAUGGACCGAAAUAAAGAUGGAGUGGUUACUAUAGAGGAGUUCAUUGAGUCGUGUAAAAAGGAUGAGAACAUCAUGCAGUCCAUGCAGCUGUUUGACAAUGUCAUCUAAGGACCGGGAAGGGUGCUUGGUCCCAGGUUUGGGGGGGUUUAAAUGAAUCAGGGUUGAAAGAGAGAGCGUGUGUGUGCGCGCGUGUGUAUGUGUAGUUCCUCUAGAUGGGAAGCAAGUCCUCUCCUCGUCGGGCAGUGUGGAGGAACACGGGGAAAAGAAGGCAAGCAGCGGGCUCACCGACACUACCACAAACCCAAAACCUCACCGCCAACUUCUUCUAUUCCUACUUUUUUUUCCUCUUCCUGGUCGAAUGGUGGCACUUCAAGUGAGGAUGCUGGACCCCCAAAACCUCAUCACUUGGACGCUGAUCCUGACUUUGUGCAUGUUGAGCCGCUGUGAAACAGAAACGAAUGUGACGCACACACUCCGGGCGAGAGGAAGUGCAACAUUCCUGGGAGAUUGCAGGGUGUCUCAAAGAUCAAAAGGCUGGAACUCGAUCGGAACUGAUUUCAAUACCGCAUGAUGAUGUCACUUAUAUCCGACGAUGACGUUAUUUACACAGACGUUCCAGAGCUUGUCCGUCUGCUGAUUCCCGGUCACCCACGGGUGCCUCAACCCCAUGUGCAACAGGAAUGACCGUGCCCUCUCCAUCUUGCCUAUUCGGGGGAUUUGACUGGGAACAACACCCUUCUCUAGUCAUGGAAUUCUGCUAAAAUGAGUUCUGGCCUUCCAAACUAUUUCCGUCUUAGCUGUAGGUGUCUGCUCACUAUCACGCACCAUAGUUGACAGACCGCCCCAGUGGUUCUCGCCUUUAAUGAAACAUUUGUGGGAAAUUUAAUAGACUGCAGGCUGUGUUUGUGAACUUGUGAUCAGAUGAGUCACGUGAUUAUAGCAGGGUCUUAAAAAAAGACCAUUUAAUUAGCAGGUUUUCAGAGUGUGAGGCAGACCAGAGGACUUCAAAGGAGGCACAGCAGCUUGUGAAAAAUAAAGAAAGGACUAUACAGUGGAACCUCUAGUCAAACGCCACAAAAGUAGUAUGUUUGGAGUUCAAGCAAAAGAAAAAAUGGAGAAAUAUGCCUGAAACAUCAACAAAACCAUCAUCAUGCAUGUCAGCAAAGAAAGUGUUGUUCUUUUGCUUUUAUUUGACCUAUAAACUUCAUUGCAGGAAUAUAUUUGAAAUGCCACGAAUUGACAGUGUCACUUUGCAAACACAUUCCUGUUUGUCAGGGGUCUACAAAGGGUGAGUACUUUGUUUUUUAUUUUAUUUCACAGAUGUUAACUUUAUAUUUGUAUGACAGUUAAGAAUGUUCAAAUUCUAGUAAUAAUGUUGUUUGUACAGUUAAGAGUUUAUGAUGCAAAAAAAUUAUCCUGGAACAGAUGAAUUUACUUUACCUAAUUAUAAAUAAAGUGCAUCUAUCUUUCAUUA